ACCUCAUCCUUUCCACUUUCCCUUUCUCACGGAAUUUUUUCAGAAAAUGGUCGACGUUGAAACAGUCAAAACCACCACUGGAUGGGCAGCAAGAGACGAAUCUGGGAUCCUCUCCCCUUACACCUACCCUCUAAGGAAUACAGGUCCUGAUGAUGUUUAUUUGAAGAUUAUAUGUUGUGGGAUUUGCCAUAGUGAUCUCCACCAGGUCAAAAAUGAAUUGGGCAUGUCAAAUUACCCCAUGGUUCCUGGGCAUGAAGUGGUGGGUGAGGUGGCAGAGGUCGGGUCCAAUGUGACCAAGUUCAAGGUCGGCGAUGUCGUCGGCGUCGGUUGUAUUGUUGGGUGCUGCAGAAACUGCCGCCCUUGCAACACCGACAACGAGCAGUACUGUAACAAGAAGAUUUGGUCUUACAACGAUAAGUACACCGACGGUAAUCCCACUCAAGGCGGGUUUGCCGCUGCCAUGGUAGCCGAUCAAAAGUUUGUGGUGAAAAUUCCGGAUGGUUUGGUGCCGGAACAGGCAGCGCCGCUGUUAUGCGCCGGAGUGACGGUGUAUAGUCCCCUGAAUCACUUCGGAUUGAAACAGAGUGGUCUCAGAGGAGGCAUCCUGGGGCUGGGAGGAGUAGGUCACAUGGGGGUGAAGAUGGCCAAAGCAUUUGGACACCAUGUGACAGUCAUAAGCUCCUCCGACAAGAAGAGAGUGGAGGCGUUGGAGCAUCUCGGUGCCGAUGAAUAUCUGGUCAGCUCCGACACCGAAGGGAUGCAAAGGGCUGCCGACUCGCUUGAUUACAUCAUUGAUACUGUGCCGGUUUUCCACCCGCUGGAGCCUUAUCUUUCCCUGUUGAAGCUCGACGGAAAGCUGAUCUUGACCGGAGUUAUAAACACUCCCCUGCAGUUUGUUUCUCCGUUGCUGAUGAUUGGGAGGAAAGCGAUCACGGGGAGCUUCAUCGGAAGCAUGAAGGAGACUCAAGAGAUGCUUGAGUUCUGCAAGGAGAAAGAUCUGACCUCCACGAUUGAGGUGGUGAAGCUGGAUUACAUCAACAAAGCUUUCGAGCGGCUUGAGAAGAACGAUGUCAGAUACCGGUUUGUUGUGGAUGUUGCCGGAAGCAAGAUUGAUGAUAAGUAACAAAAUUUCCUUCAAAUUGACAGGAAAUUCAACUGUUCUUCUCUUUUUCAUAUAAAUGAGAGUUUUAUAUUGAAAUGUAAGCUUUGGCCUGCCUAGACCCAAGGCAAUAAAGAUUAAGUGUUUGGUUUUAUUGUACAUUUCUAAUGAAUGUGGUUCGGGUUGAUUGGAAAAAUUUCUGUUGAAUUACAGUGAUGCAAUUGAAUUUCAGGUCGAGUGGAUGUGGGGAUUGGUCAAGUGAGAGCGAGACAUUUACCUAACUCUUGUUGAAUGUGAAAGAUUGUUCACCUCGAUUGACUCUUUUGAUGAAUUUGGUGAUAUUUUUCAUAUUUUUCAACAUUCUGUAAUAAUGAAUGUCUUCAUGAUUG